AUGAGUGAAUAUAAGUGGCAGGUUGGUACAUAUUUCGUUGAGAAGUCAGAAUUUGUGGAAGCCAUUAGGACCUAUGCUUUGGAAAAUGGAAGAAGUCUGAAAAUUUAUAAAAGUGAUAAAAGAAGAGUUAGAGUAAAAUGUUUGGGUGCAGAUGGAAAAUGUCUGUGGUAUGCAUAUUGUGGAUAUAUGAGUUCAAUGAAGACGUGGCAAUUGAGGAUAAUCAUUGACCAGCACACCUGCAUCAGAGAGUUCAAUAUUCGUUUAAUUAAUUCUAAAUGGCUAAGUAAGAGAUUAGAGAAGACUGUUAGAUCUAAUCCAAAAACCAAGGCUGUGGAAAUUCGAGAAAAGGUUAGUAGGAAAUAUAACAUAGGUAUUUCUAGGUGUAUGGCCUAUAGGGCAAAGGCAAUGGCCGUAGACAAUGUUGAUGGGUCAUUUGCUGAACAAUACAAGAGGUUUUAUGAUUAUGCACAUGAACUUCUUAGAACUAAUCCUGGAUCAACAGUGAAAUUAAAAGUGAAUGAGAAUGAAAGACAACCUAUGUUCCAAAGGUUUUAUGCAUGUUUCAAAGCUUGCAAAGAUAGUUUUAUGUCUUGCAAACCCAUAAUUGGACUAGAUGGAUGCUUUUUGAAAGGGAAGUAUGGAGGAGAGUUAUUAACUGUUGUUGGAAGAGAUGGGAACGAUCAAAUGUUACCUAUUGCUUAUGCUGUGGUGGAGGUGGAAAAUAAGGAUUCAUGGACCUGGUUUCUGGAGCUCCUUAUUGAGGACAUAGGUGGGACACAAUUGUGUACAGGAUCUAUUCAGGAUCUACUUCCUGGAGUAGAUCAAAUAUUAUGUGUUAGGCACCUAUAUGCCAAUUUUAGGAAAAAAUUCCCAGGUAAAAAUUUGAAGAGAUUGAUGUGGAAGGCAACUGCUUGCACACACACAGAAGGUUGGGAGCAAGAUAUGAGGAACAUCAAAGAGCUAAACGAAGAUGCCUUCAAAUACUUGUUGGCCAUUCCACCAAGGUUUUGGUCACGAUCUAGAUUCACAACAAUUGCCCAAUCUGAUACAUUGGUUAACAAUAUGUCUGAAGCCUUUAACAAUGUCUUAGUGGAAUCUAGGGGCAAGCCAAUAAUCACGAUGUUGGAGGAAAUAAGGCUAUACAUGAUGCACAGGUGGGCUAAGAACAGAAAGAAGGUUGCAUCAUAUGAAGGGAACAUCUGUCCCAAAAUCCUGACAAGAUAUAACUUCAAAGCAAAUUUGACAAGUCAUUGGAUUCCUAGUUGGUCAGCAGACAAAAUUUUUGAGGUGAGACAAGCAUCACAUGUUGAUGAUAAGUUUGUGGUCAAUAUCGAUGAAGCAUCAUGCACAUGCAAGAAGUGGAGCAUCACUGGGAUACCCUGUUGUCAUGCCCUAUCAGCCAUGAGGUUUCUAAACAUAGAUGGAAAAGAUUUCAUCUCCACCUAG